AUGCAUGCCGCUGGCAUUACGGAUGAUCCUACACUCCCGGUACCCCCUGUAGAGGCGGCGGCUGCUAUGGAGAUCGACGCCGACGGCAUUCGCGUACGCGAUGUGGUGUAUCUUUUCCUUAGCCGUCUGGUGGACCCCACGCUGCGGCAUGCCUCGGAGGCGGCCACGAACGCGGCCUCCCCUUUUUCCCCUCUUCCCGGUUUCGACGGUUUACCCACCGCGGCGACUGGCGCGGACGACGCCCUCCAUGAGCUCAGCUACCUCGUUCGACAGAUGGUGCGCAUCAGCACCUCCUUGGAUUGGUCGACCUGCGUUGUGAACUGGGAUCACAUCCUGCGCUUCGACGAGGACGCGGCGGCGGUGAUCGAGUCGGACUACCAGCGCUUCACCCCGUUCGUGAACGAGGCCCUUCACCGCGUGUUAUCGCAGUACUUCGCCGAGGACUACGCGAAUCGGGGGAAAUGUCAGCCCCAGCUCGUCUUCUCAGGGGUCCCUCGCUGCCUGACGCUUCGCGCGCUACGGGCGUCGAUGGUGGGGAGGCUGUGCGGCGUCCGCGGGGUCGUCACGCGGACCUCGCAGGUCCGCCCGGAGCUCCUCGUCGGCGUCUUUCGCUGCCUCGACUGCGGGACGGAGAGCCAUCCGAUUGAGCAGCAGUUCUGUUAUACGGAGCCGCCCGGGUGUCGGAACUCGGCGUGUGAAAAUCGCUCCCGUUUUAGCCUCAUCCUGCACCACCCGAAAACCCUUUUUGGGGACUGGCAGAAGCUGCGGAUGCAGGAGGAUGCCAAUAACAUCCCGCCGGGCUGCAUGCCGCGCACGAUGGAGGUGGUCGUCCGCGGCGACGCCGUCGAGGUGGCGAAGCCGGGCGAUCGGAUUAUCGCGGUGGGCUGCCCCGUCGUCGUUCCCGAGGUGGCGAAACUUUUUAACCUCUCCAACCGGCGAGAGGUGCAGCAGCAGAUGACAGGGGCGCAGCGCGCGCAGCAGGAUGCGCAGGCGGAGUUGGAGGGCGCGACCGGGCUGCGCGCGCUCGGUGUGCGGGAGCUGAACUACCGGAUGUGCUUUCUCGCCUCGACGAUCACCGACGGCGCGGGGGAUGAUCGGAAGAUGAAAGAGGCCAUCAAAGGCUCCGUCAACCAGGACGGCGCGGACGCACGGGAGGAGGUGCGCCUCACCUACGCGGAGGCCCAAAAAGUCCAGCAGAUGCGUCGCCACGAGGGCCUUCUCAAAGCUCUGACGAGCUGCGUCGCGCCGAAUGUGUUCAAACACGACGUCGUCAAGCUCGGGCUCCUCCUGCAGAUGGUGGGCGGGGUGUCGAAGACGACCGUGGAGCGGAUUGCGCUGCGUGGGGAUAUCAACGUCUGCAUCGUGGGCGACCCGUCCACGGCGAAAUCGCAGUUUUUGUUGUGGGUUUCGCGAAACAUGCCGCGUGGGGUGUACACGGGCGGGAAGGCCUCGACGGCGAGUGGUCUCACCGCCACCGUCACGCGCGAUGCCGAUACCGGCGAGCGGACGAUCGAGGCAGGUGCCCUCAUGCUGAGCGACCGUGGGAUUUGCUGCAUUGACGAGUUCGACAAGAUGGAUAUCCGAGACCAGGUCGCGAUCCACGAGGCGAUGGAGCAGCAGACCAUCUCCAUCGCCAAGGCGGGCAUCAAGGCGACCUUGAACGCGAAGACCUCCCUCUUGGCGGCGAUGAACCCGAUUGGCGGGAAGUACGAUCGCCGGAAGCCGCUCCAGAAGAACAUCACCAUCACGGCGCCGAUCAUGUCGCGUUUUGAUCUGAUGUUCGUGAUCGUCGACGACGCCGGCGAGGAGGCGGACUACGCGAUUGCGGAUCAGCUGCUGCGGCUUCACCGCUUCGGCGGCGCCGCGGUCUGCCCGCCGUUCAGCACGGAGGAUUUUCAACUUUACCUCCGCUACGCCCGGUCCCUGACGCCGCGGCUGACGCCCGCCACGUCGCAGCUCAUCGUCGCCGCCUACCGCGAUAUGCGGCUGCAGGACUCGCUGUCGAAUCGGAGCAAGGUCUACCGCGUCACGACGCGGCUGCUGGAGAGCAUGAUUCGACUCUCCGAGGCCACCGCGAAGAUUUACCUCGCCGAGGAGGUCACCCCGAGCCACGUCGAGGUCGCGCUGGAGCUGAUGCGGCAGUCGUUGUCGACGCUGGAUAUGACGGACGUGGAGCUCACGGGUGGGGGACCGGCCGAUCCCGCCGACGCGGCGGAAACCGCGGCGACGAACGUGAAAAAAGAACCCGGCGCGGCGGUGAUGGACGGGAUGGCGAGCAACUCCUUUACCGUCACCCAGGCCGAGGGGGAAACGCAACCCCCGCCCGAGAAUUCUGCCCCGGGGCCGAUCGUGCCGUCCGCACCACCGCCGCCGCGCAAGGUUGUGAUCACCGCGGAUCAUUACUUUAGCAUCGUCAACCGUCUUCUGACGCGGAUUCAGACGCUUGGGGAGGCCAAUGCCCCACUUCGCUCCGAGUUGGUGACGUGGUAUUUGGAGCAGGUGCAUUCCUUGAAUCGCUCGCAGCUGGAGAUGGAGUUGCGGUACGUGAAUCUAGUAUUGUCAAGGCUCGUCAAGGAGGGAAAGCUGCUCGAGGUGGAAAUGAAGGAAGGCGAGCCGGCACGAAUUUUCUUGGAUCCUAACUUCAACCCAGACUUUGCGCAACGGUAG